UGAGCGGGCAGUCACUCUCUGCCUCUGAAUGACAGGCAUGUCCCCUCCAGAAUGCCUCUCCCCGACCCCCGCCCCAAGCGCCUGAGAAAGGAAACAUGCGCACUUCAGAGCUAGCAGCUGUCCUAGUGCUGAAAUUUAUAGGCUGGGGAAGAGCACAUCUCCCUGUCUUUCUGUAGCCCUCAUUCCAGCACAGGAGCUCAGCGUUUUUGCCCUCUCCUCUCUCCCCACUCCAGCCCGCAGAGUCCUUUCGUCUCCCUCAUUUACAACUUCUUUGACAAAGAGAACCUUUGCUAGAGAAAGGGGAUUCACUCCACAGAAAGGACUUAAAAGCCGCGGCAACCAGACUUCAGCAUGGCACUGUCACCAGCCCCCUUUGCCUGGUGAUGCGAUUAAGGAAACUAGAUCCCUGCCAGGUUUUGAAUCUGGACAAUAGACAGAUACUUUGUCCUAGCUUCUCACUGGAAUCAUUUCGGGGCUGUUUUCCACAAGAUCGCAGAAACAGGAAUGAACCGGCAGCUAGUGAACAUUUUGACAACCUUGUUUGCAUUUUUCUUAGAGACAAGCCACUUCAGGGCUGCUUUCUGCAAAGACCAUGACUCCAGGUCUGGAAAACAACCUUCGCAGACCCUAUCUCCUUCAGAUUUCUUGGACAAAUUAAUGGGAAAGACAUCAGGAUAUGAUGCAAGAAUCAGACCAAAUUUUAAAGGGCCUCCUGUAAAUGUUACCUGCAACAUAUUUAUCAACAGCUUUGGGUCAGUUGCAGAAACUACAAUGGAUUACCGAGUGAACAUUUUUCUGAGACAACAGUGGAAUGAUUCACGUUUGGCAUAUAGCGAGUACCCUGAUGAUUCCCUGGACCUGGAUCCAUCGAUGCUAGAUUCCAUUUGGAAACCAGAUUUGUUCUUUGCCAAUGAGAAGGGUGCCAAUUUCCAUGAUGUUACCACUGACAACAAAUUGCUUCGCAUUUCAAAAACUGGCAAAGUGCUUUACAGUAUCAGGCUCACUUUGACCUUAUCCUGUCCCAUGGACUUGAAGAACUUUCCAAUGGAUGUCCAGACAUGUACAAUGCAGCUGGAGAGUUUUGGAUACACGAUGAAUGACCUAAUAUUUGAGUGGUUAAGUGAUGGUCCGGUACAAGUUGCUGAAGGACUGACCCUUCCUCAGUUUAUUUUAAAAGAAGAGAAGGAACUCGGCUACUGCACAAAACACUACAACACCGGAAAGUUUACCUGUAUUGAGGUUAAGUUUCACUUGGAACGCCAGAUGGGAUAUUAUUUGAUCCAGAUGUACAUCCCCAGUCUCUUGAUAGUCAUUUUGUCCUGGGUCUCCUUUUGGAUAAACAUGGAUGCAGCCCCUGCCAGGGUCGCACUGGGCAUCACCACGGUUUUAACGAUGACCACCCAGAGUUCAGGUUCCAGGGCAUCUCUGCCAAAGGUCUCCUAUGUCAAAGCCAUUGACAUCUGGAUGGCAGUGUGCCUUCUGUUCGUGUUUGCCGCCUUGCUGGAAUACGCAGCAGUGAAUUUUGUCUCCAGACAACACAAGGAGUUCCUGCGGCUCAGACGACGACAGAAGAGGCAGAAUAAGGAAGAAGAUGCUACUCGUGAAAGUCGUUUUAAUUUCAGUGGUUAUGGGAUGGGUCACUGCCUCCAAGUGAAGGAUGGAACAGCUGUCAAGACCGCACCUGCCAACCAGGCCCCGCAACCCCCAAAAGAUGCAGAUGCCAUCAAGAAGAAGUUUGUGGACCGGGCAAAAAGAAUUGACACAAUAUCUCGAGCUGCCUUCCCAUUGGCCUUCCUCAUUUUCAACAUCUUUUACUGGAUCACAUACAAGAUCAUUCGGCAUGAAGAUGUCCACAAGAAAUAGAUGUGCCCUUCAGAUCCUGGGACCUUCUUGCCUAAGUGUUGUGCUUGUAAAUACACAGUGAAAUUGUCUUUAUAUCACUUUGAUAGAGGAGAAGAUUGGGGGAGGGGAGAGGGAGGAUCAUGGGGCGGGUUUCCUGGCACCUAGGUGAAUAAAGAUAAGUUAUAUGGCAAUGAAGGAAAAUGUUUGCACAAAAUUAAGUUGUUGCAGAAUCACGUGAACAUAAUUCCCUCCAUAGUUGUCAGCAUUGUUCUUUCAGAUGAUACAUCAAUUAGGCAUGAUAUGUAAGGUCAAGUUUUCAAGGGCAAUUUGUCUUUUGGUCUGGUUUUGACUAAUUCUAAUACUGGAAAAGCUUAACACACACACACA